AUGUCUGUCACUUGCUGCGCCUAUAGGAGGAUACUGAAGCACUUGCAAAGAAGCGCAGUCAGAUAUGGGAAACAGGAGGAAAUUUGUUUCGCUGUGUUUGGGCGCGCACUGAAUAUGAAUGAUUUUGCUGCCGCUGGGUAUGGCGAAACAGCUCAGCAGGUAGCUCGGUCCAUGUUCUCCCGGCCCAGCAUCUCCGGUAUCUCGUGCGAUGAACCCGCACAACGGCUUGUUGGCGCAUUUGACAUGUUGCGGCGUUUUGCCGAGGUUACCACUGCCACAGGUAGUUCCAAGGUCGAACGAAGUAUGGAUGAGACUGAGCGUUCGCAGAAUGAACCGAAGGAGCCAAAGGGAAGUGGGACGACGACAUCUUCGGGGAUUAGGAGGGCUGUUGUGAUGGAUUCCGUGAAGGUAGUUGGUGAAACAAGCAAGCCCGUGUCACCUGGGGUGGAAGAGGAUCAAGCAAAUGGUGGUAAAGGGUGCGAAAACGGCAUCGAAGAUGAUGAGGACCAAGUGACUGACGGCUUUCAUGUCGGGGAAGGGUCGGUGUACAUUGAGAGUUCUGUAAGUCAAAAGGUGCGAAAAAUAUCGCGACGCGUACUUGUAUGCUUGGAUUUGUUUAAGAUACCCCCAUAUCGGCACAUGAUGCCCCCAGAACCACUCUAUCCAACGAACAUACGUGUGAGGUUUAAGUUCCCAUUGAUGAGGGAUGCGAUGCUUUGCAUGGCGGCGUCCGUGGGCAAAGGCAACAUCAAUGGAACCCUUGAGCGCAAGAGGAUACUCAACGAGGAAGAUUACGGCGUGGUGUGUAACGUUAUCCCCACGAGGACGAUCACGGUAACCGAUCAUCUUGAGGUGGAACUGCGCACAGAGUACGUCCUUUCGAGAACUUACAACAGUGCGGAGGACGAUGACGAACACAUGAAGGUUCACCCUGUAGAAGGGGAUUGUGAAUCCAUCGUUUCCGGUGACGACAGCGGUACGAACAUCCAGCAUAUAUUUCGCUACUUUGUAUUUAUCCGGAACUAUGGACCAGAGAAAAACGAGAAGAAAUGGCACGCUCAACUGCUUUCUCGACACCUGGUUAUUUUUGACGAGGAGAAGGAAGCUGUUACGGAGGUGAUUGGCCCCGGUUUAGCGGGGAAUGUGCCUCUCUUGCCACCAGGAGGGUCGCACUUCUACGAAAGCGGCUUGUCUCUGUACGGGACGUCAGGUGUAAUGCGGGGGACUUUCCAGAUCAACACAUAUAACGAAAGCGGUGAGUCCCGCUGCAUCGAUAUACACAUUGCCCCGACACGUUUGGCUCCAAAAGAGGGAUCGAAAUGA